GGGUUGUUCUUCCUGGUGUUUGACUUCAUCAAGUCGUAGCUGCUCAGUCAACAAGUUCUAUUUCAUUGCUUUACCUUAACGUUUUCUGACAAAAUGGGUGGUGCUGGCUGGUUGUUCUUGUUCUCUGUACUAAUGGCAGCUGGUUUGCUCUUCACGAUGGUUUUCUUCAUCAUCAUGUUCUCAGACCUUGAAUGCGAUUAUAUCAAUCCCAUAGAUCUUUGCAACAAACUCAACCAAUUCGUCCUACCAGAAAACAUUGCACACGCUUUCCUAACAGUCCUCUUCCUCCUCUCUGGGCAAUGGUUUGCGUUCCUCCUCAACCUCCCUCUCGUCUUGUAUAACGUCAACAAAAUACGCAACAAGAAUCAUAUGUACGACGCCACAGAGAUUUUUAGAACUCUUAGCGGUCAUAAGAAAGAGAGCUUCAUGAAACUAGGUUUUUACCUUCUUUCAUUCUUCUAUUAUCUCUACCGGAUGAUCGUUGCUCUUAUCUCUGAGAGUGAAUGAUUGCCAGGUGGUGGCUUGAUGACGAAUACCUUUCCGGAUGCUUGAGGGUAAAGCCAGUGCACGUAACGUACAAGACUCUUGCUGUUGUUUGGUUGGCUAUCAUGAUCUAUUUUCUUCACUAUCACUUAUUAUGCUUGAGUUCACGUCAUUUCAUGCCCAUUUCAAGCAAACAUAAGUAUUUGCCUGUGCUUUGAC